UACAAAGAAGGUGAAAAUGCUGAACUCUGCUGGCUUCAGUAUGGUAUUUCAAAAGAAAGGUCUUGUGUGGACAUACCAGGAAUAAAAUCGGACAUAUCGGACAUAUUCUAUUAUGACGAGUUCCAAAAGUAGAGUUACGAAGAUCGCUGCACUUACAUGAAUGACGGAUGCCAGCAGAUUUGUCUUGUGUCUGAGGGACUUUGUGCUUGCAAACCAGGAUACACAUGAUCAUCAAACAAAAAGUCUUGUGACAAAGGUCGACGUAUCAAAACGUCAAUCCUACUACUAGAUAACAUAAUGAAGAGUUUAUAUAUUGUGGAUGAGGAUACACUUGAACUUCAGACUGUUCUAGAAACAGAAAAAGAUGUGAAAGCAAUAGACUUUGAUCCAACGAGUAGCAAUGUUUACAUCGGCUAUCCGAAAAAAGUUGUCAUAGUAAAGAAUUAUGUAACUUCAACGGUUUUCCUUUCUGAUUCGAAUCUUGAUCACAUGUGUGGUGAUUCUUCAGCAGUUAUAUUCACAUCAAGAAAAAACGACUCAAGCUCGUUGCUGCAAUACAAUAUAACGUCUGAAAUGUUCAAAACUAUAGCUGAUGACCUGAAAUUCCCAGGUGAUAUACUAUGCGAUCUGAACAAUGGAAUUGUACUCAUAUCGGAGAAGAGGGAGGAAUAUUCGAUAAGAAAUAUCUCUUUGUUUGACAACACAACAACCAGGAUAAAGAUAAGGAAAUAUGGAAGUUGUAGACUAGCUACAUACCCUAGGGAUUCUGUAUUCUGCUGUUCUGAUAUCAAUUCGAACACAAUUUUUGACGUCACUUCUGAAGGGAAGAUAGGACAUUUCUAUAGUAAAUCCAAGCAUGUGAUUGUCGACAUUGAUGUAGACAAGCAAUUUCUAUAUGGAUUACUAAGAGGUCAAAGAUCUAUUCUGAAAAUAAGUCGUAAUGAUGCAACAUCAACAACUGUACUAGAAAUUUCACCAUUAUAUGGCCAACUCUCAUUAAUUUCAACACAAAAAAGUGGAUGGAAUAGUGAAAAAGGAAACAAAGAAGAUAAUGCACAAGACAACAUUGCAAUUAUUUUGCCUACUCUUUUAAUUGUCAUCAUCGGCGGAGUUGUCGGUGCCAUCGCAUUCCUCUUCAUUAGGAGGAGAAAACGACAACAGCUAGAAAUGUGUCCUGUUCAACCAGCUGAAAGGUCUCCACAGGAAUUAUCUGAAAUGUAUAAUGACAAUGCUCCCUAUCAUGCAAUUCCAUAUGCAACGUUUUCAACAAGAAACAUUAAAACGUCUACAAAGGAGGUUAUUCCGACUCUAUAUCGACAAGAUGAAUCAAGUAUUUUAGCCCGUUCAGAAACUGGAUUUCAAAGGACUACAGAAUUCAAAACCAGUUUUUCCUAUGAUUAUACCACAGAGGAGAAAGGAUUGUUAAACGUUACAAGAACAGUGAGCAUAAGGGCUCCAGUGGAUGAUGAUUGAUGAUAACAAUAUUCCAAAUUGAUUUCAUUUGUCUCAAUACACAGAUGCUUGUAAUCUUUAUAUAACAUUCACUAUUUAAUUCUUCCCCCAUAAUCAUAUGCAUUUGAUUUGUUCUAUCUAAUUUACUCAUAAAAUAUUUUUGAGCGCUUUUAGAGAAGAAUGUAUUUCAUUAUUAUUUCAAAACCAAGACAUUGGAUUUACGUACUAUUUUUCAAUAAAAACAAAUUUUUGACUUAAAUAUACAUGUUUGUCUAUAACUUUAGAGGAAAGCGUGAAGGUAAAAUGAACGACUAUUGCAAGGCGCAGAAUAGAUUAAAGGUCAUAAGAAACAGUUCUAAACACUAGGCUUUCACUUUAUAGCUCACCUAAG